ACUUUCCAGUCGUUCACCAGCUUCCCCAGACUCCCUUCCCUCAAACUAGCAGUGAAAUUUGGGAAUUUAUAUCGCCACAAUGAAGCGCAAGUUGGAUGCUAAUGAUGUUCCCUCCCCUGAAGUUGCGGAGACCAAGGAGGCCCCCGAUGCGAACGAGGCCGACUUUGAAAGCCUCAAUUUGGAUCCGCGACUGCGCCAAGCCUUGAUCAAAGAGAAGUUCACUAAGCCUACGCUCGUCCAGGCGAAGGCCAUUCCACUGGCGCUCGCAGGCAAAGAUAUUCUUGCUCGUGCAAAGACCGGCUCCGGAAAGACCGCCGCAUAUGUCCUCCCUAUCCUUCAGACCAUUCUUCAGAAGAAAGCUGCCGACCCCUCAUUGAAAGCCACUACUGGCCUCAUCCUCGUCCCCACUCGAGAGCUUGCAGAACAGGUCCAAAACGUCGUCACCACAUUCGCUGCUUUCUGCGGAAAGGAUGUUCGCUCUGUGAACCUCACUCAGAAGGUCUCCGAGGCCGUACAGCGCACUAUGCUCUCUGAUUACCCCGAUAUCGUCAUCUCCACCCCCGCUCGUGUGAUUGCCAACCUCGGAAACUCCUCUCUUUCGCUGGAUAACCUCACACACUUGGUCAUCGACGAAGCCGACUUGGUCCUUUCGUACGGAUACGACGAAGAUAUUAAUGCGCUUUCCAAGGCGAUUCCCCGUGGCGUACAGACCUUCCUCAUGAGUGCUACGCUCACCUCGGAAGUGGAUACUCUGAAGGGACUGUUCUGUCGCAGCCCUGUUGUGCUGAAGUUGGAGGAUAAGGAGGAGAAGGGCGCUGGUGUUAGCCAAUUUGUUGUCAAAUGCGCAGAAGAUGAAAAAUUCCUCCUGACAUACGUGAUCUUCAAGCUCCAGCUCAUCAAGGGCAAGGUCAUCAUAUUCGUCGGAGACAUCGACCGUUGCUACCGCCUCAAGCUUUUCCUGGAACAGUUCGGCGUCAAGAGCUGUGUUCUCAACUCCGAGUUGCCAGUGAACUCUCGAAUCCACGUCGUCCAGGAAUUCAACAAGGGUGUUUACGACAUCAUUAUCGCUGCAGACGAUCAGGAAGUCCUAGGAUCCAAGUCGAAGAAGGCCAAGAACGCCGACGCUGAUGAAGAGGAGGAAGCUGCUGGUGUCAUGGGAUCCAGUGACGACGAAGAGGCCGAAGAUGACAAGAGCAAGUCGAAUCGCCCGGACAAGCGUCGCAAGCUCACCGCGAAAGAAAAGGACUAUGGUAUCUCUCGUGGUAUCGACUUCCAGAAUGUGGCCUGCGUUUUGAACUUCGACCUCCCCACAACCGCCAAAUCCUACACACACCGCAUCGGACGAACCGGCCGUGGCGGCAAGACCGGCAUGGCGCUCUCGUUCGUCGUCCCAGCAGACCAGUACGGAAAGCACAAGCCCACCUCCUUCCCCACCGCCAAACACGACGAAGCCGUCCUGGCCAAGAUCGUUAAACGUCAAUCCAAACAUGGCCACGAAGUCAAACCCUACCACUUUGAGAUGAGCCAAGUCGACGCCUUCCGCUACCGUAUGACCGACGGUCUUCGCGCCAUCACACGCCUUGCCGUUCAGGAAGCCCGUGCUCGCGAGAUCCGUCAGGAGCUAGUCAAGAGCGAGAAACUCAAGCGCCACUUCGAAGACAACCCCGACGAGCUGCGCCAGCUCCGUCACGACGGCGAGUUGCGCUCCGCACGUAUCCAACCCCACUUGAAACACAUUCCCGAGUACCUGAUGCCGUCCAAGGGUCGCAAGGGCAUCUCCAGCGAGGAUGUCGGCUUCGUUGGGUUCCGGAAAACCAGCGACAACCGCAUCCGCAAGGCCAGAGAUAAGAACCGCGCCAAGGGCAAGGGCCGCAAGCCCUCGGGUAUUAGAAAGGUUGAUCCGUUGAAGACGUUUAAUAGGGGCCGGAAAUAGGCGUUGUACGUGCCUGGGAUCAGUGGUGGAUGAAUGAGGGAUUAUGUACAUAUUGUUCUUGGUUCCAUGGGAAAAAGUUCAUCAUAUUUGGUUUGGGAUAGUGCGUGCAUAUAGAAC